AUGGACAGCCCAAGCCGGCUGGUGCAGCUGUACGCUCUGACUAAGAUACUACGGCACAGAGGAAAGACCUACUUAUGCAAAGAUGACGCCUCCGCUGAGGAGAGGACAGAUGGGAGAGAUGGCGGCCGUUCUAAUCCACCAGAGAGGAGCAGAAGGUCAGACCAAUCCAAUCUUCAAUCAGGAAAUCAUUACUUGCUCGUAGCCGAUUUUUCUCUUGAGGGCCACUUAAUGUCGCAACAGGGAGUCUCCAAUCUCCCUGUCGAUAAUCAGCAAUUGUCGAGCGAGCUGUCUAUAAUCAUAUCCAAGUUUAGGAAACAUCCGAGGGUAUCUACUAAAAAUUAUAACAAAACGCAAACUCGAAGAUUGCUUGCAGAUACCACCAAUCGCUGCAACACUCCACCAUCCAUCCACUGA